GGUCAUAAAUUGAGACUCCCCACAUUUGCAUACACUAUUUCCCCACUGCAUAGCUGAAAGACAAUAUGACCCUGCACCGUUCACCCGCUGCUCGUUAAUUCACCGUCAACACCGGACCGAGGAGUUACUUUCUUCGGGGUGGCUGGGUGGACCGACACUUUCUCUACAGUUUUCACCAUCUUCGCCCUCCGUCCAGCCGGCUGCUGCUGUCUCUCCACAGCACCGGGAGAGGUCCAGCCGAGCUGAACUCCACGGAGCCAUGCGACAGUGGUGUGUCCCCGCCGCGACCCCUCGCACUGAACCGCUCCCGGGGCGCCUGUCUGUGUCGCCCCCUCCUUCAGAUGCCAGGAUGGAGUGCUGUGAGGUAGAGCCGCGCUACACUAUCGAACAGAUCGACCUCCUGCAGCGCCUGCGUCUCUCCGGCAUGACUAAACCUCAAAUCAUCCACGCUCUGGAGUCCCUGGAGAGGCUGGACCCGGACCACCGCCCGUCGCACUGUGACUCCCAGCCCGCCCCGUCCAACAACGCUCCCACCACAGCCGCCCCGGCCCCGUCCUCAUCUUCAUCCUCCUCCUCCUCGCUCUCCCUAGCCUCCGCCACCACGCAGACCUCCGGCCUGGACGGCGCCGCUCUGUCCCCCAGCAACAGCUAUGAGGCCUCUCCCCCACCCCUCUACCCUCCCAGCGUGGCAGUGCAGCGGUCAUUCAGCUACGACAUGAUGGGCGAGGAGGAGUGGGACCUGGAGGAAAAGGUGGAGGAGUACAUGAGGAGAGACAGCAACCUGGUGAAAGAAGAGAUCAAAACGUUCCUCAACAAUCGCAGGAUCUCUCAGGCCAUCGUAGGCCAAGUUACAGGCAUCAGCCAAAGCUACAUCUCCCAGUGGCUGCUGCAGCAGGGCCUGGAGAUGAGCGACUCCAAACGCAGAGCUUUCUACCGCUGGUACCUGCUGGAGAGGAAUAACCCAGGGCUGAGGUGGAGUGAAAGCCAGCACAGCGUGAGCCCCAUGCCCAGGGCCAGGGGAGGGGACAGAGACGUGACGGUAGCUGGGGCAAGCGGCAGCCUCCCCAACCCCAACACCAACCUCAACCCCAACCCAGUGUGGAGCAGGCAGAGAGAGCUGCUGAUGCACUUGCUGCCCUGGUACACUGCUGCUGCCGCGGCCGCCCAGGCCCAGCCAGGGGCUACCUUAUCGAUGCGCUCUCUGGUGAAGGAGGAGCCUGAUUGGAGGACAGGGAUCAUGGCAGGCGACAGAGCAGGGAUGGUGGGCGGGCCUCUGAGGCUGCGCAGAGGAAGCAGGUUCACCUGGAGGAAGGAGUGCCAAUCGAUCAUGGAGAGCUUCUUCAUGGAGAACCAGUACCCAGAUGAAGCAAAGCGGGAGGAGAUCGCCAACGCCUGCAACUCUGUCAUUCAGAAACCAGGCUGUAAGCUGUCUGAGUUUGAGCGUGUGACAGCGCUGAAGGUGUACAACUGGUUUGCCAACCGUCGGAAGGAGAUGAAGAGAAGAGCGAACAUAGAAGCUGCCAUUUUGGAAAGUCAUGGAAUUGAGGUGCCAAGUCCAAGCUGCCACUCAAACGGGGAGGAGGGAGAGAUGCAUGAGUUUGGCGAUCAGGUUAAUCAUCGAUUCUCAGAGCAGGAAGAGACAUCUUCCCACAGGAUUGUUGACCAACAAGACCCCUCCUCAUUGGCUACCACAGAAGUCGCAGCCCUGCCGAGCCCCACCCCUCAGGUCCUGGAUCAGAAAGAGGAGGAUUCAAAAAGGGAGACUGUGGAUGAAGAGUGACCAAAGCUGGUGGAGUUUGGAUCGUAUUUGAAUUUUAAUCAGAUGAAAUAGGAAAAAAAGUGUUCUUCCUCCACCCACGUAGGGCCUGUGGGGUCGAUGGCACCCAAAAAUCAAAGGGAGAGGGGUGCUGGGGCUCGCUGAGGUGCCUCUGAUGGUAAGGAGGCCACUGUAUUUAUCAACAGUAAUCCUGCUUAUAUUAACGGCAAUAUACAGUAUAUAUAUCAAUAUAUAGUGCAUUCCAAGAUGGUAUUAAGAAGCCUAAAUUCCUUAGAGGGAGAAUUAUGUAAAAGAUACCUCGCCCAUUUUAAGCUAAGCCUUUCUUGUUUUUUUGCCACAUGCCUUCUUUUAGCCUUUUCACCGAGUGCUUGUUUGAUGGACUGUGGUGCUGUGAGUGCUGAGCCUGCAGGUCAGGUGUGUUUAGGUGUGGGGAUAAAGUACACAAUCAAGGAUCGAGUUUAUGGUGAUAGGAACACCCUCCGCUUGCUUGAAUGUCUUUGACCCCAUCUGGUUCACAAGACUUUAACCUCAAUCAGUCGAUUGAUUCAAUCAGUCGAUCAAUCAACGAGUGCUGUUGCCAUCAAAUUUGUAAAGCCCUGAGGGACAACUGGAAUCUCAGGUAAUCCCAAAAAAGGUGGAUAAGGACAGUGAAGACUUGUCUUAACAUCCGCUUUGGUUUCUUCAUCUUGAUUUUCCUCAUCUUAACUGUUUAACCAAAACGGGAUGUUAUUUAUACCUUUUGAUAUUAGCAAAACAAGCCUAAGACGAUAUAUCAUAGAAUCUCUUUAUCAUCUGUCUUCUUUGUUAUACUGAAUGCUGCUGUUUGUUUUGGAGUUAUAUCCUCAUUUCAAACUCUGUCUCAAUCCUCAACUCAGCCAGUGAAGCUAGACGACACGCAGAAGUCUGCUCUGAUUUUGUUUUUCUCUUGAACGUUGAAAAGAACGCUAAAACAAAUGUGAUCAAAAAUGAUGCGAUAGCUUACACGCUACAAGCACCUUCUCUCCUAUUGGAAUAAGCUAAAGCUUAAGCUCCUGUAAGUUUGUAUGACUGUAAAGCUGCACUUCAAAGUGAAUAUCACUCUAACUGUAAGAGGGAAGCGUAUCAGACUACCUGCAUUUGGGCCUAGACCUGUACAUAACCCAGAGGAUAUACACGUCUAUGGGUGCUUUCCUUUAAAUAACAUAAGCACUAUAUAGAAACUGUUAUUUGUCACACUUGAAAAGCUUCCUUAAAGGAGCACUUCAACCACACAGUCACCAUUUGUACAACAAAAACACCUCGUUUUACCUCAAACUUGCAAAGAAAAUUUUGUUUUCUUACAUGCCUCCAUGGGGAACAGAGAAUCCAAAAAAGGUCAACAUUCUUCAUGAACUGAAUAUAUAGGGGUCCACAUUUAACAACAGCAAAACUACAUCAAAAUGAAAGGUUUACGAACUGUCACACAACUCGUGCAGUAUCAUCUGAGUCUCAUUCAUCCAGUUGUAUAAACAGUACUCCCCAGAAACCUGCAUUUUACUAAAACAUUAGGAUUAAAACACUUCUGCUUACAAGUAGAACCCUGAGUUUGCCUGAGCAAGCUAUUCACCCGUGCAUGAGACUGUACUUGUGUACUGUACAUGACAUGUCUUGAAUCUGAGGUUUUUUCUUACGCUUUUGGGUUGUCUGUCCAUAUAUAUAUAUGUCCAUCCGUACAGACUUACUUCCCAUUCUUGUGAAUGCCUGAAUGCCUCGAGGGAAGUUUUCCCAUAUGAAAAUGGGAAAAUAAAAAAUAAACAAAAUUGAAAACAAAAAAAACCUCAAAACAAAAAAUUAUAGUUAUGCUUUAAAAUAUUUUUAAAUAUAUAGUUAUGAUAAUCAUAAACAUGUAGUUCUCUGGAAAAUUUCCCCCAGCUUUCUUUUUUAUGUUGUUGUUUUCCUUUUUCCCAUAAUUCUGAAACAAAUCAAACAAAUUUGCUCA